GAAAUGGUGGUACACCAUAUGGCGUAUCGUGUAUGUUGUUUUAAGCAUGCAGACUGGGUUUUUAAUAUUUUGGCAGAGGUCUAUGUAUAAUACUGUAUGCUGCUGUGGGUUGGGUAUUAACAUUUACCGGUAUAUCAUCAACCAAAAGAGAAAAAAUGUUCCUCAAAACCUGUUGCACGCCAUUUCACACUGUUACAGCACAAAAUCUUGUUCCACCCAAGUAGUGGUGCACUAUGCUUACAGAAAAAAUAUGCCCAACAAGCAAUAUAAUGCACUGGAGGAGCUACUUUGACUUUAACAAAGUUAAAGUUGGACUGAAACAAGAUGAUCAUACACAUAUGACAGCCAACCGUUUGGACUAAAGAAACCUAGAUACCAAAAGAGGUAAGCCAGUUCUAUUAAUAGGCAGUGACAAGUUUCAACACUUGUGGAUGGGAGGACAAUUUCUUGAGCAGCAAGAGAGGCACAGAACAUCACCAGGGUUGUGUUGUGAGGAAAAUGGUAUUCUCCUCAAGUGUCUUCUGUCUAAAUACUACCUAUAUUGUAUGGAAAGUUUUUACUUGAAGCCUUAUCCCAACAAAAUGUCAAUUUACAAUGCAAUUGGGAGUUAAAUUGGUUGAAGUGGGACUCCUACCCAGGUUUCUCCUUCGUCACCUGUCAGAGCCAGCUACCAUGUGGCCCUCUAGAGCACUUAACUGUUACUCUGUUUCCAAGACCACCAGCUAAAUUAAGGGCAGGGUGAAGCAGGGUUUGAGUCAGAAUCGCAGCUUCGCAAACAAGUACUGCUUUGAGGGUUUUUUUUCAAUGUUUUUUUUUCCUUUUUGGCUGUUUUGGGAAAAUAUUUUUCAAAGAUUUCAACAUGGUCUCUUCUCUGUGAAGCAUUUUCUUUGAAUGAAGGACUGGUGGGAACAGCAGAUGCAUCUGCACAAUUACUUAAAUGAGAUGGGCGUAGUUCUGUCCAGAGUGAAUAACAGCUGUAGAGCGGCCUCAAGAGAACCUGUCAUCACAUCCCAAACAGUGAGCAGCGUCUGUGACAAAGAGCUCAAUAGAACUAACAGUGACCAUUCUUCCAUCAAACUGAUUCAGAACAAAGCAUGCGAGAAAGAGGAGUUGCAGCUGAUACCUUCUCUUCCAGAGUCAGCCUGCAUAGAGCGAGGAUACAUCACCCCACUGCAAGUGUACAACCUGCUGAAUGCAGAGGAUGGUCAACCUGCCCAAUAUGAUCCCUACUAUAUGCUUAUCCUGGACUGUUGCAGCCCAGAAAGGUACAAGGACAGCCACAUGGUAACAGCAAGGGCUGCUGUGACGGUGAUCCACCCUGAGUUGGGCUGUCUAAUUAGCUGUGUAGAGUUGCAUAAGUACUCUAUAAUACUGCUGUACGCAGAGGAAGGAUGCAGCCCAGGUCGGCAAUCCACGUUCAAACUGCUAAGCAUCAGCGUCUUAGCUUUCUAUCAAUCUAUCAGUGUGUCUCAUUAUAUAGAGUUUUUCUGUCUUUUCUUUAUUUUAGUUGGCAGUAUGAAUGCCAACCCAGACCUUCAGCGCUGUUUCUUCCAGCUCAGUGGUUUAGGAAUGGACCCUGUCAUACUGCUGGGGGGAUUUUCUGCCUUCUAUACCCUCUACCCAUUCCUCUGCACACCCCAUAUGGUCCUGCUUGAACCUGAGCGCCACACUCUAACCAUCUACCCCUCAGAGAUCCCUCUACCAGGGAUCUGCCUCCCAGGCCUCUGACUACCGCAUCGUCAAGAAUCUACAAAUAACUCAUGUGGUCAAUGCAACUGCAAACAGCCCAACAUUUUAAGCUACCUGAGGCUGCGUCUGAGCGAUGAUGCACAGCAGGACCUGGUGAAGGCACUGCCACUUGCGUCCAGCUUCAUAAACAAAGCGCUUAGGGCUGAGCCUGCAGGUCGUGUUUUGGUCCACUGCAGUAUGGGCAGGAGUCGCAGCUCAGCAUUAACACUUGCCUUCCUCAUGGAGCAUCGACGCUGGUCAUUGCUUCAUGCCCUGCGCUGGUUGAAGGAGAGGAGGGCAUGCACAGCACCCAACAUUAACUUCCCGCAACAG